GAGUCGUCUUCUUCUGUAGCCUAUCCAGUGGCCUGUUAGCAGGGGUGCUGUGGGGGUAACUUCUAAAUGACGUUGUCGUGUAUUUCUCCUCCUCAUAAGUUGGGUUAACACUCAAGUGCAGUUAUUUCGAACUGAGGACGGACGGAAAUGAAAAUGAAGCUGUUGGUAUGCCUUUUUUGCGUGGUCUUAUUGACCUUCUGCACUGAUGCAAGCCCCAUCAUUAAGGAGAGUUUUGCAAAGCAGCUGCUCCGCACCAAGAGACAGAAGCCUGGACACCCUGAUGAACCUAUGAGGGAACACAUGCUGCAUAUGCAGAGGCUGGAGCAGAGGGCUCGAGAGACCAGCAUGGAGCAUUGGAUGAACCCUCAUUGCUUCCCUCGCUGUGACCGCAAUUACGGCUACCCUGUGUAACAGGCCUGCUGUGAUCCACAGGGCGAAGACAGGAAUUCCGGCGACGACAAAGCUGAUAAACACCAUGAAAUGGAUUACAAUGAGAACGAAAAGACCUAGAAAUGCCGAGGAGGCCAAGGACACAAAAUCCACGAAGACACACACCUAGACGCAUUUUAGAUGUCUUAUUUAGAUGAAAAAUCUUAGAAUCGUUAGAAGAAUAAGAACGAAUUACGAAAUUGCAUUUUGAAUAAAAUAAAAAUGUUGUGCUCUAAAUUUUGAUUGUGACUGUGGCUUUCAUCUUUCGGGUUUUAGUAGUAUUUUAGUUGUAGGCCUAUUAUGACAUAAAUUCGAAACUAAAAUAAAUAAUUUAAAAGACUGAUGACGCGCAAAUGGUCCACAAACAUAGCCAAGUUUGACCUUUACACGGCAAUAUCUGAAGGCCUAUACUGAUUGAUCGAAAGCACAAUGAAUGUGUUGCAUAAACCUGAAAGAUUACAUUUUGUUACGUGUCACAAAAGAAACCGUAAAGUCCAAAUAAAUAAACAAACAAAUAAAAGCCUGUAAAAUGGAAUCAAGUACCACCAUUGUAUAACACUGUAGAAGUUAAAUAUUUGGGAACUUUAACAUGUAGCCGGUUUUUCCUUUAAACAACGACAUCUCGUUUUGCAUUAAAUGCUACUCUAACUGGGCAAAUAAGCAUUUUACGUGUUUUUUUUUUUUUUUACAGGACUAAUACAAACACAUAUACAUAAUAUUGUAAAAUUAUGACUGUAGGAUUCGCGUAGCCUAUAGACAUUAGAUAUGCGCUUCUCUAUUUAAUGUCAUAUUAAAGAACUUUAAUUCGCACAAUUAAUCGAUAAUCACAAUUACAAUCGCCCUACAAAAUAAUUAGAAGUCUUUAAGUUUAUACAAUUUAACAUUACUACAUAUUUAUAAAUACGAAUUUGAGCUGAAGUAAAGAGAAACAAAAGAAACGUGUUCAUUAUUCUACACUUUACUUUUGAUUUUGGGAUGAAAAUUAGAUUUUCUUUUUACACCUUUAUGCGUGUA